AUAUGAAAAUGAUGAUUUUGUGAGAGGUAAACCUGAGCUUGCGGAGGAGAUACACAAGCGCUACAUGGCUAGUCUACCCCCUAAAGCUUUUGUGUUUAAGGAUUCAGCCAAAGUAGCGAGACAAAGGGAGAAAACCAGAGCUUUGACAUUGGCUAUGAAGGAGAGAGCUUUAGUGAAGAAUCUCUCGAAACUCACUUUGUGAAUCACUCUUCUUCUUUCAUUGUUAUCCUUAUUGUGUGAGAUUAAUGAGAGAACAAAAAUCUUAUGUACUCUCUCAACUCUAAUCGCUAAACCUUUUUACAAGGUGAAAACAAAAUAAAAUAAAAAUGGUAGAUAGACAUUUUUAUACCUUUUAAAAAUCAAGAAUGUUAAAAGCAAAUGGUGUUACAAUGAUUGGAGCUCGCGUCUUUUGUACCACGACACCACUACUACUAAGAUCAUCAUCAUCAUCAUCAACCUUCUUCUUCCCCAAGAUCCCUACCCGACCCGUUUUCAGAUUAUUACCCGUAACUAGACCCAUCGUCGCCAUGAGCAGCACCACCACUGACAAAAGCCAAGAGGAACUCGAUUCUAUUCGCAAGCAGAAACGGGUCGUGCGCUCCUCUGUUCGCAAAUCCCUAAAAGCCAUGGACCCUUCUCUCCGAACCCAACAAGAUGAGGCUAUUCAAAAGACUGUUCUUGAAGCUCCCUGGUUCAAAUCCUGUCGGGGAUUGUGUGCUUACAUUAGCUGCAAAUCUCUUAAUGAAGUCGACACUUCUAAAAUCCUGUCUGAGAUUCUGCAACGUCCUGAUUCAAGUACUAUGGCUAAGAAAAAGCUAUAUGUCCCUUGGGUGGAGGAUAAGAAGAGUAAUAUGCGUAUGCUGCACAUAUCCCAUAUGGAUGACCUCAUUGCUAACUCCAUGAAAAUUUUGGAACCAGCUCCUGUUGAUGCCCAAGGGAAUGAGCGUGAAGAUGGUCUUGCGUUUGACAGGUGUGGGCGACGUUUAGGUCGUGGAGGUGGCUACUACGACACUUUCUUGAAGAGAUACCAGGACCGUGCGAAGGAGAAGGACUGGAGAUAUCCACUUAUGGUUGCAUUGUCAUACUCACCUCAAAUUCUUGAGGAUGGAAGUGUUCCUGUAACACCAAAUGACGUUCUGAUCGAUGCCCUUGUGACACCUUCUGGUGUGGUUCCCAUUACCCCUCGGGCUAUUGAAAUAAUGUGAGAUCAGGAGCUUGUGUUUGGAGCUGACACUCGGGAUUUGUUGGUAUGCGCUUGAAGGCAGCAUUCUGGAAUAAUCAAACUCAGUAUCAGCUUCUGUAAUUGCCACUAAAAGAUUUUACUAAAUUUGAUGUGUGCCUUGUUUGUAUGAUGAGAUAUGCAGUUCAAUCCAAUGGUCUUCCACCCGUUUAUUCUA